GGAGGCGCGAGGGGCGGGGGAGGGUCGGCUUCCCACGUGGGGGCUGACGCCGGCUGCUCAGCAACGCCGGCUCGAUCCCGGGGCUAUAAAACCAGUACACGGCGAGCGGCACGGAGCAGCGGCUCUGGCUUCUGUGCAGACGCCCAGCAGUCGGCGCGCCGCGCCCAGUCGCCGGGCACCGUCCCCCGCCCGGGCCGUGCGCUCCCGCUCCAACUCACGCAGCCGCUCUCGGACCCGGCCCGCCGCGCCCCCUCGGCCGACGCCCAGGAGAUCCCCUGCCUCUACCGCAGCUCCCGGAGCGCCUGUCGCCCCUCCGCCGAAGGAAGCGGGCGUCUUCAUGCGCUCCCACACCUGUCACCCCGAAGCCGCCGCCCCCCAGCUCCGCGCGCCGCGCCCCGGCCCCAGCAGGGCGCACAACUUUGCAAGUCCCGUGGCGCCCCGAGGCGCCAAGCAGCCCGCACCUCGGUCCCCGCCCGGGUCUCGCCGGCAUCGCUGCGCCCGGUGAAAGCCAGAGCGCCGGGAGUCGCCUCUGGGAUGUGAGGAGACAGACUCAGGACCCCCCAACCCGCAGCAGCACCCCUCGACUGCCUCCCUGGGUGGGGGCGGGCCCCGUGCACGAUCGGCUCGACCUGCUCUCUCCCGCCGCUUAGAAAUUAAACUUGAUCCUUUGGGAGCUGGAAGGCAGAGGCGUUCACCCCCAGCGCCCGCGUGGAGCGCGGGCCGGCCGGGCGCAGUUCGUGGGAGCCGGACCCAUGGGCCGCUAGCGGGUCCCCAGCCCCGGCCCGGCAGCCCCGCGGCCCCCUCCCCAUGUGAGGCGCGGCGGGGCGAGCGGGGCGCGGGAGGAAGAGGAGGACCCACGGGCGCCGGCCCGGAAGGCGGCGGGCAGAAGGCUCAGGCGAGCUAGCGAGCACCCGCGUUCAUGUUCCGCCAGGAGCAGCCGCUGGCCGAGGGCAGCUUCGCGCCCAUGGGCUCCCUGCAGCCGGACUCGGGCAACGGGAGCCUGAAUGGGACCGAGGCGCCGGAGGGCGGCGCCCAGGCCACCCCCUACACCCUGCAGGUGACCCUGACGCUGGUGUGUUUGGCCGGCCUGCUCAUGCUGCUCACCGUGUUUGGCAACGUGCUGGUCAUCAUCGCCGUGUUCACCAGCCGCGCGCUCAAAGCGCCCCAGAACCUCUUCCUGGUGUCCCUGGCCUCAGCGGACAUCCUGGUGGCCACGCUCGUCAUCCCUUUCUCGCUGGCCAACGAGGUCAUGGGCUACUGGUACUUCGGCAAGGAGUGGUGCGAGAUCUACCUGGCGCUCGACGUGCUCUUCUGCACGUCGUCCAUCGUACACCUGUGCGCCAUCAGCCUGGACCGAUACUGGUCCAUCACGCAGGCCAUCGAGUACAACCUGAAGCGCACGCCGCGCCGCAUCAAGGCCAUCAUCUUCACGGUGUGGGUCAUCUCUGCAGUCAUCUCCUUCCCGCCGCUCAUCUCCAUCGAGAAGAAGAAGGGCGGCGGCGGCGGCGGCCAGCAGCCGGCCCAGCCGCGCUGCCAGAUCAACGACCAGAAGUGGUACGUCAUCUCGUCGUGCAUCUGCUCCUUCUUCGCGCCCUGCCUCAUCAUGAUCCUGGUCUACGUGCGCAUCUACCAGAUCGCCAAGCGCCGCACCCGCGUGCCGGCCAGCCGCCGGGGCCCCGACGCGCCCGCAGCUCCGCCUGGGGGCGCAGAGCGCAGGCCCAACGGGCUGGGCCCCGAGCGCGGCGCGGGCUCCGGGGGCGCAGAGGCCGAGCCGCUGCCCACGCAGCUCAACGGGGCCCCCGGAGAGCCGGCGCCUGCGUGGCCGCGCGACGCCGCCGACGCGCUGGACCUGGAGGAGAGCUCGUCCUCGGAGCACGCCGAGCGGCCCCCGGGACUCCGCCGGGCGGAACGCGCGCCCCGCGCCAAGGCCAAGACCAAGGCCAAGGCGCGCGCCGGGCCGGCCAAGCCCGGGGACAGCCUGCCGCGCCGCGGACUGGGGGCUCCUGGGCCGGGCGCGCACACCGCCGGGCCUGGGGAGGAGCGCGGCGCGGGCGCCAAGGCGUCGCGCUGGCGGGGGCGGCAGAACCGCGAGAAGCGCUUCACCUUCGUGCUGGCCGUGGUCAUUGGCGUGUUCGUGGUGUGCUGGUUCCCCUUCUUCUUCACCUACACGCUCACGGCCGUCGGUUGCCCCGUGCCGCCCACGCUCUUCAAGUUCUUCUUCUGGUUCGGCUACUGCAACAGCUCGCUGAACCCGGUCAUCUACACCAUCUUCAACCACGACUUCCGCCGCGCCUUCAAGAAGAUCCUUUGCCGCGGGGACAGGAAGCGGAUCGUGUGAGCGCGGGGUCCGCUCCCCCCACCCCCAGACACCCGCGCCCCUCCCUGCGGAACAGACUGGCGGGGGCUGCGGGUGGCGCGGGUCCUAGGGCUGCUCUAGGCUCGCUGGCGUCUCCUCUCCUCUCCCCUCUCCCCAGGGAUGGGGGAUGGAGUACCUUCUGGGAGCUCCUGGAGCUUCUCUCCCCACCCCCCAUUGUUAAGGGCCUCUCUAGGCUCAGCACUUCCUGGGUUUUCCUAAUCAGUAUUGUUGCCUAAAGGCAUUUUCCUUCUCCCGGCCCCCCCUACCCCCCUUGCAGAGCAAGCACGGGACCCUGAAGCUCUGGCCCAACCAGGGUUCACGGGGGCUGAGGUUAUCCAAUAUUCACUAAUUGCUCCAUCCCAAAUCUAUUUCGCGUGUCCUACUUUCCUCAGUACCUUCCCUCCCCUGUAAAUAUACAUUAUUUUUGAUAGUACAGCCCAGCUUGGGGGGGGGGGGGCGUUAUCAGCUUGGCUUUUGAUGUUGGAACUCUGGCUGUUGAAAACUCCCUUGAGGCACAAACCUUGUCUCUGCUUCAGGCCCAGCCCCAGCCCCAUCUGCAAUGCAAGCCAUUUUCUAGUGUUAAUACCUCCUUCUACCUUUUUUUUUUUUUCUUUCACCACAGGCAACUGGUGACUAUCCCUUUGGUCUGGACUUGUUUGGGGAUUGCCUGAGGGCAAGACGAUUCCUGUCCAGUCCUUUCCCUGUGCCUAACAGCAUAAUUGAUUGCCUUUUCCUAUGUAAAUAUUACAGUGAUGAACCAAGACAGAAGUUAAGUGAACCUUUCUGCCUUGCAUCAGCCCUGUGUAUGAAGCCAUUAUCUUGUGAUGCGCCUUUGCCCAGUCACUCUCUUUAAAAUCGUCUCUUUCCAGUGUCCCCCCCACGCCCCCACCUGCUCUCCACAGGGCCACUGCUUGAAGGAUAUGUUUAUGUUUCUAUGUGUAUGUAUGUGUACCCCUCUCUCUGAAAGUGCUGACUGCAGGGAAAUCUUUUGCUGCUGUGUUUAGCCACAGAGGAGUGGAAAUUAUGUGGAAGAAGCAAACCUGAUACAAUUUGCCCAAGGUAAACAGUUCAAAAAGACAAAUGGACCUGCCAAACUGUACAGUUUCUGCCCUGAGAGCUCUUAGGUAUCAAAGUUUGUCCCUUUUCUUCCCUGAUUUUCUGGUUGAGCUCAUUCCACCAGUGAACUCCAAAGUCGGGGAGAGAAAGGUGGAGACCCUGUGUUUACAUCCGAGUUUCUACACGUUGUAGACAGACUCUCUUAAGGCCUGCAUUCUUAUUUCACUAAAGAAAAACUAAUGUCAGCACAUGUUGCUAAAUGACAGUGGAUUUUUUAAAUAAAAAGUUUACAGAUCAAAUGUGAAAUAAAUAUGUAUUAAACGGU